AUGGCCCCAAUACCAGUCCAUACCGCCUCGCCAAUAAACGCCAACUCCGCCUCCAAUCCUUUCGGCGCGUCCUCACCCAGCGCUGCGGCGGCUCGCUAUACGCCUUUAGACGAUGAAGGGCAGCGGCCGACUUCCACAGAGCCAUCCGGUCUCUCGCUCUUGCAGCAGCCUGCGCGACCUGGCGCACCAGCAGUUCCGCAACCGACCAACACAUUAGCGAGUACCUACAACAAUAGGUACGAACCGACAGCCACUUCAACCAACACAACCGCCACGUCCGACAACAGUCCUCCACCGCCGCAACCAGGCGCGGUACCUUCACCUUCCGCCAGUCCCUUUUCACCCACCCCCAGCGCACCCCUUCCACCACGGCCCCUAGAAAUCCCCAACCAUCAACAAUGGAUGCCACCGCACGCAUCACCACAGCGCCAAACAGCUGUCCCUGUACAGGCACAGACCCCAACACACUCCCGCCCGCUGCCCAUGCAAUCCCCGUCGUCGGCCGUCUACACGUCGUACACGCCUACGCGUUCCAUACCACCCGCAGGCGUGACCUCGACCGCCACGGGCCCCAGCCACAGUAGCUACCCACAACCCCAGGACCUCUCCCACCCCCCGGGCUAUCAACAGGACCACCACAGCUCCUUUGACGACAAACCCGUCGAAUCAUGCCAAGAGAACGACUACCGCGCCUCACUAUCCCCACUUUCAUACUCCAAAAGAGGCGGCAUAUUGGACGGCGAAUGGAGCUUUGGCUCGCAGAAUGGUGGUGACUCGAAUGGCACGGUGGUGCAGACAGCCAUGUCGUGGGCGAAAGCCGCGGGGAAAAGGCUGAGCGAGACGGAAAGGCAGAUCUGGAAGCAUAUCAAUGGGGAGGAUGAUACCUAA